AUGAUAGUGGUGAUUGUCCGCACCCCCAGACUCCACAACUUCGCCAACGUUUUCGUGACCUCCCUAGCUCUGACAGACGCCAUUGUUGGACUGGCGACCUUGAUCGGCGGAACCGCCUUCGUUGUUGUGGAACCUUCAGACUGGAUGUUCGAAAAAAUACAAGCUGCAUUUACUGUUUGUUACAUGGGAACAACAUUUGGGUCGUUUCUCCAUGUUGCUGUCAUUGCCAUAGAACGCUAUGCAUAUAUCGUGCAUCCUUUCUGGUACUACAGAUGGAUCAACAAACAGUUGGUGACCAUCAUUCUCGCAUCCACGUGGAUUCUUGUGGCCGUCUAUACGCUGAUAAUUUCUAUAAUUUUACAGAACAGUUUUGUUUGUUUAUUUGAUGCUUUCACACAUUUGGAUAUCUUCUACGUCGACAGCUGUAUCUCAUUGCUGCUUCUCUCCCUCACACUGAUGGCAUAUUUCCGAAUUGCUGUUCUGUCACUGAAACAUCGCCGAUCUGUGACAGCAGUAAAUGUUGCCGUACUGUCAGCCAGCAACGUGACCCAACGAGCAGGUAUCCGAACUAACCUCCAGGAAAACAGCUGGAGAGAUGUUCGGAAAACCCUCAGCUUCUAUUUGGUAAUGACUGGUUCUUUGGCUGCCUUCACAUUUCCGUUGACAGUUUUUGCGUUACUAGCCAGAUUCAGUUCUAAGAUGGACACCAAUGUCUUGACUCUGUUCAUGUUUUUGCCGAUAUUGCAGUCAGGUUUCAAUUUCUUCAUUUUUAUUUUUAUGAGUUCUGAUUUCAAGCAGGUUGUGCAUAAUUUAUUUUUGGGUUGCUUUGUCAAUUAA